AUGGCGGAAGGGCAGUCACGAGGUCAGCUGCUUGCACGACGGGACACACUGCUUGCUGCUCUGGGUCGGGCAGAGGCGUUUGCUGCCGGAUACGACGCUCAACGGGACCAUACGCAGGUGACGCUGAGGCUCGAGUACCUGAACGGAGUAUGGAACAACCUGGAGACGGUGCAGGCGCAGCUUGAGGACGACGAGACCACCGAGGAAGGUAGGGCAGAGCACGCUGCCACUCGUGCAUCCUUUGAACCUCGGCUAUUUGAAAUAAAAGCCAGUCUCAUUUCAAAAUUGCCUCCUAUUCCUAACAAUCGGAGCCCUGUUCCCCCACACGUGUCCUCCACUCUCUCUGGUAUCAAGUUGCCGACGAUUUUUUUGCCCGAAUUUAAUGGAGAUUACAUGCAAUGGCUUGUAUUCCAUGAUACAUUCUUGGCGCUCAUUCAUUUAAAUCCGGAGGUGCCGGAUAUUCAAAAAAUUCACUAUUUGCGGGCAGCUGUCAAGGGGGAAGCUGCUCAGUUGAUCGAGUCGAUUGGUAUCAGUUCCGCUAACUACGUUUUGGCUUGGCAGACAUUGGAGUAUCGGUACUCGAAUGAUUACUUGCUAAAGAAGCGGCAUAUGCAGGCACUCUUCGAUAUCCCGCGCAUGAAGAAGGAGUCAGCUGCAUCACUACAUGGGUUGGUUGACGAGUUCGAGCGGCAUACGAAAAUCUUGCAUCAACUGGGAGAACCAACCGACGCUUGGAGCACUAUAUUAGAACAUCUGCUGUGUACGCGCCUGCACGAUGAUUCACUGAAGGCAUGGGAGGACCAUGCAUCGACGGUAGCGAAUCCGGACUACGCCUGUCUCAUCGAGUUUCUGCAGCGGAGAACACGAGUGCUAGAAUCCAUCUCUGUGAACCAUCAUACAGUAGAAUCAGCGUCAACUUCUGGUAUUUCAGCUCAUCCACCAAAGAAGAAUCAUCUCCACUCUCAGUUCCGCUUUACAUCGUGUGCAUCGACUGCUAGUUUGGGUGAAAAGUGCAUCGCAUGUAACCAGUCGCAUUCCGUGACGAAGUGUCAGAAUUUCAACCGGAUUUCACCGAGUGACCGUCAGCAGCUUGUAAAUUCCAAACGCCUUUGUCACAACUGCUUUAAGGGUGAUCAUUUUGUCCGCAAUUGUCCUUCAAAUUUCAGCUGUCGGAAGUGCAAUCGACGUCACCAUACGCUUCUUCAUUCCGGGCAGAGCGAUGGUUCCCGAAAGAACGUUAGCGAACGAGCUUCCUCUAGUCCUGGUGCAACCGCUUCUACUACGCCAUCUAAUGGGUCUUCUGUGGUCGAGUCAUCUACGCAAUCUACGGUGGCUGCUACUGAGAAUGUUCCUGUGGUCGAAGUUAGUUCUGCUCUACAACAUCCUCGCGAAGACGUCUUUCUUCUCACUGUUAUUGUGAAGGUCAUCGACACCUACGGUGUAGAACAUCUAGCUCGUGCACUUCUGGACAGUGCAUCGCAGCCGAAUCUCAUCACGAAUCGCAUGGCGCAAAUUCUACGAUUGCGGCGACAACCCGUGAAUGUUACGGUACAGGGAGCCGGCAAGCUAUCUAAGCCGGUACGUGAAUCGGUGUUUGCACAGGUACAUUCAAGGACGGGUGACUUUUCGUGUGGUGUCAACUUCUUGGUGAUGAACAAAGUGACGGCAAAUCUCCCUUCGCAAAGUGUUUCAACUGUGGGAUGGAGGAUUCCGAAGGGGUUGCUUCUGGCUGAUCCAUCCUUCAACGAAAGUCAACCGAUCGACAUGGUUUUGGGUGCUCGGCAUUUCUACUCCUUCUUCCCCAGCGCUGCACGCAUUCAGCUUGAUAGAAAUCUUCCGAUUCUGGUCGACAGCGUCUUCGGCUGGAUUAUCGUAGGCUCGGCUAGCACAAUCCCCCCCGAGCAGACUGCUCCUACGCCCACCACUUGUGAUGCAGUCACUGUUUCAAUGCUUUCGCUAGAGGAUUGCUUGGAGCGUUUUUGGAAAACCGAAGAGCUGACAACGAACGACAUUUACUCAAUAGAAGAACGACGCUGCGAAUCCUUGUACCAAUCUACAGUAUCUAGGAACUCCGAAGUUCGAUAUAUUGUUAGAUACCCUCGUAAGCCUGAUUUCGAUGUGAUGCUUGGCGAAUCCAGAAGCAGUGCACAGCGACGGUUCAGAUAUCUGGAAACUCUCCCACUUACUAUCUACCUCACCACCCCGUAA